GAGAAAAUGUGUAUCUGCAAGUUGCAAAAGUAUGUGCGGAGGCUGCGGCUGCGGCUGUAUCUGUGCGUCAGUAGCAGCAGCGCUAGCAUCCUUGCUGCGGCAGGCGGUUGGCUAGGAUAUGGGUGGCUGCUGGGUGUGGGUGGUAAGCCGCAAAGUCUGAGAGGUCGCAAGCAAGAGAGUGCCAUAUGAAGAGAGAGAAAAUGAGUGAAAGAGAGUGGCGUGGAAAGUUGAGGACUGAGCGAAUGAAAAUGCUAGGCAGUUCAAGGAAUUAGAGCGCAACAACUUAUCAAAUUAGUGACGAUGACCUUGACGACUUGGACGAUGAAUGCCUGCUAGAGGAGACCGACCUACCAGGAGGCAUUACCUUGGGUCGUGGACCCUAUGAACGUGCAUGGACCACAGAGGCUACACGUGCUCUCAUUCACAUACGUGGACCGAUGGAGGGCAGCUUUACGGAGGGCAGACAAAAGCGGACUGCCCUCUGGUUACACUGCACCCGUCAGCUCCAAAGGCUGGGGUUUCGAUAUAGUGCCGCCAAGGUGCAAAAGAAAUGGCACAACAUCCUAAUCACCUAUAAUAAGAAUUUGAGCAAGAAAUAUGUUUCUGGCUACGUGCACUGGGAGUUCUUCGAGGAGAUGUUUAAGUAUUUGCAAGGGAAAAAGGCGGACUUCGAUAUGCAGCUGCAACAACAGCCGGCACAGCAGCAGCAGCAGCAGCAGUCGCAACAGCAACAACAACAGCAGCAGACGCAGCCUCAGCCUCAGCAGCAGCUUCAGCAACAACCGCCGCCAUUGCAAUUGCCACCAACCCAGGAGCUGAGCCUGGCCGCGGCAUACCAGAAAAAUCCUGAAACUCCGCAGCCUAUCUUAAAACUGCAACUUCAAACUCCGCCAUCGCAGCUCAAGGAGGGACAUGUACAUCCCUAUAUAACGCCUGUGGAUCAGGUGUUGCUGCAACCGCAGGUCCAACUGGACACCAAGUCCAAUGAUGAAUUCGACGAGGACAGUAACAGCAAUAUUUCGGAGGUACGGCAGCCAAAGUUGGAGUACGAUGCUGACCACACGGGUAGCACAAUGCAGGAUCCUAGCGACAGCCACCAGAUGGCGGCGAACGGGAAAAUGUAUGAGCAGCUCGAGGACAACGGCUGGUGGAAGGACUACUUUGAGCGGAAGCUCGAGGUCGAGCGGGAGAAAAUGGAGCUACAGCGUAGUCUGCAACGGGAGCAAGUUCAAAUUCAGAAGAUGUCCUUGGUGCAGCAGGAGCGAAUCGAAAGAAUGAAAAUCGAUGCCAUCAACAGUCUGACAGCCACGUUACAGAAACUAGUCGAGGCCAAGUGCAGACGAGCCUAAGUCCAAAAAAACCGAAUCUUUCCUUAGACUAACAAUGAGUUGAAACCAUAUCCUGUGUAUUUAAUGUGCUUAACUACUUAGACUUAAAAGGAGAUCGAAAUCCGUGACAUCGAGUCCUAAAAAUUGUAGAUAUAUUCACAAAAACAAGAAAAGAAAAAAAUUCAAAGUACGAACUUUUCCAUA